ACUGCAGCAGCAGGACUGAGUGAUGUCUGCUCUGACUCUGAUCACUGCUCUGAUCUGUUGCUCGUUCACAGGAGAGACGACACAUGUUUCACCUCCAAACAUCAUCAUCAUGCUCAUGGAUGAUAUGGGCUGGGGGGACCUGGGGGUGUUGGGCCAGCCCUCUAAGGAGACCCCCCACCUGGAUGCCAUGGCAGCUCAGGGCAUGCUGCUUCCAAACUUCUACACCGCCAACCCCCUCUGUUCCCCAUCCAGAGCUUCUCUUCUCACCGGUCGGCUGCCUGUCAGAAACGGUUUCUACACCACUAACGCUCACGCCAGAAACGCAUACACACCGCAGGAGAUAGUGGGAGGAAUCUCUAAGGAUGAGAUUUUGUUACCGCGUUUGCUGAAGAAAAAGGGCUAUGUCAGCAAGAUAGUUGGAAAGUGGCAUCUGGGCCACAGGCCACAGCACCUUCCUCUGGAAACUGGUUUCGAUGAGUGGUUCGGAGCACCUAACUGCCACUUUGGGCCGUACAACAGCAGCUUCAGGCCCAACAUCCCAGUCUACAACAACUCUGAGAUGCUCGGCAGAUUCUAUGAGGAGUUUGAGAUUAACAGAAAAACUGGGGAGUCCAACCUCACGCAGAUCUAUUUACAGGAAAGUCUUGACUUCAUCCUCCGUCAGGCUGAGGCUGGACGGCCCUUCUUCCUCUACUGGACACCCGACGCCACGCACGCCCCCGUCUACGCCUCCAGACCCUUUCUAGGGAAGAGCCAGCGCGGCCGGUAUGGAGAUGCAGUGAUGGAGCUGGACUACAGCGUCGGUCGGAUCUUGUCACAGCUGCAGACUCUGGACAUCGACAAUAACACGUUUGUCUUCUUCACUUCAGACAACGGAGCCGCACUUGUAUCCGCCCCAUAUGAAGGUGGCAGCAACGGGCCGUUCCUCUGUGGGAAGCAGACCACUUUUGAGGGGGGCAUGAGGGAGCCCGCCAUUGCCUGGUGGCCUGGAACCAUUAAAGAAGGCACGGUGAACUUCCAGUUGGCCAAUGUGAUGGACCUGUUCACCACCAGUCUGGCUCUGGCCGGCAUCAGCCCUCCUGAUGACAGAACCCUGGAUGGACUGGACCUGACACCGGUGCUGCUCAGCCGCUCCCACACACUCCAGAACAGGCCCAUCUUCUAUUACCGUGGCGACGAGCUGAUGGCUGUGAGGCUUGGGCAGUACAAAGCUCACUACUGGACCUGGACCAACUCAUUGCAGGAAUUUAAAGAAGGCAUUGACUUCUGCCCGUGUCAGGACGUCCCGGAUGUGACCACUCACGACCAGAGGGAGCACACGCCCAGUCCAAUCCUCUUCCACCUGGGACGGGAUCCUGGGGAAAAGUUCCCAAUCAGAGUGUUUAAUCCGGAGUACAAGGAGGUGCUGAGCAGGAUCUCUCCGGUUGUGGAACAGCACAAGAAGAGUCUGGUGCCCGGGAUCCCUCAGCUCAACAUGUGUGACCUCUCAGUGAUGAACUGGGCUCCUGCAGGCUGCGAGAAGUUAGGAAAGUGUCUGAAAGGGCCAAAGUCUGAGCCGUGGAAGUGUGACUGGCCACACUGAGAACAGAACUGAGGAGCCAGACACGAGGAAAAGGAAGCAAAACCUUUUUCUUUUUUUUAAAGUGCCUUUCUGCAAAAUAUUCAUGUUGAGUACCACCAAGAGAAUCAUCUCUGUGCAACAACAUUGAUCUGAUUGUGGAAAUAACUUUUACUGCUGUGAAUUUGGAUCACGACUCAUUUCAGUGAUGUGGAGCAAACAGGAAAAUGUAUUUAUUUUCAUUGUGCCUCAAAUAAUAAAAUGUACUUUACUAUAA